UGGGGAGUGAGCGGGUUGCGGCGACCUGCCACUGCCGCGGUUGGCCGCCGGCCGCGCGAUGGACGCUCGGUGGGCGGUGGUGCUCGCGCUUCUGGUGGCGACCGGCGGAGCCGGCGGCGCGCGCGCCGCGGGGGCGAAGGGCGCGAACUGGCUCGGCGGGCUGAGCCGCGCGUCGUUCCCCAAGGGGUUCGUGUUCGGGACGGCGACGUCGGCGUACCAGGUCGAGGGCGCGGCGUCCACCAACGGCCGGGGGGCCUCCAUCUGGGACGAAUUCGCGCACAUCCCAGGAAAAGUUGUGGGAAAUCAAAAUGGAGAUGUCGCAGUGGAUCAAUACCAUCGCUAUAAGGACGAUGUUGAUCUCAUGAAAAGUUUGAAUUUCGAUGCCUACCGGUUUUCAAUCUCAUGGUCCAGGAUCUUCCCAGAUGGAGAGGGAAGAGUCAAUCCAGAAGGUGUUGCAUAUUACAACAAUUUGAUAAACUACCUGCUCCAGAAAGGAAUGACUCCUUACAUCAACCUUUACCACUAUGAUCUUCCUCUUGCGCUCGAGAAGAAAUACGGAGGGUGGUUAAGCUCAAAGAUGGCAGACCUGUUUACAGAGUAUGCUGACUUCUGUUUUAAGACCUAUGGUGAUCGUGUAAAGCACUGGUUUACAUUCAAUGAGCCAAGGAUAGUAGCAAUGCUUGGUUAUGACGCCGGGUCAAAUCCUCCUCAAAGGUGCACCAAAUGCGCCAAUGGUGGGAAUUCAGCAACCGAACCUUAUAUUGUAGCCCAUAAUUUUCUCUUGGCACAUGCUGCUGCAGUUGCAAGAUACCGUACAAAGUAUCAGGCUGCUCAGAAGGGUAAGGUUGGUAUAGUUCUGGACUUCAACUGGUAUGAAGCUCUUACAAACUCACCUGAUGACCAAGCAGCGGCUCAAAGAGCUAGGGACUUCCAUAUUGGCUGGUUUGUUGAUCCACUGAUAAACGGACAUUAUCCACAGAUAAUGCAAGAUCUUGUGAAAGAGAGGCUGCCCAGGUUCACUCCUGAGCAAGCUAAAUUGGUCAAGGGCUCAGCAGACUAUAUCGGGAUCAACCAAUACACAGCCAGCUACAUGAAGGGCCAGAAAUUGCUCCAGCAGACGCCUACUAGCUACUCAGAUGAUUGGCAAGUUCAAUAUGUUCGUAAGUUUCUUGCCUUAAACAAAGCUUUAUAUGUUCGUAAGUUUCUUGCCUUAAACAAAGCUUUAUAUAUAAAUUCUGCAGAUGAAAGGAAUGGCAAACCAAUUGGACCACAGGCGAAUUCUAAUUGGCUUUACAUCGUCCCAACGGGAAUGUAUGGAUGUGUGAACUACCUCAAGGAGAAGUAUGGAAAUCCAACAGUCUACAUAACCGAGAAUGGAAUGGAUCAACCUGGAAACCUGACCCGCGACCAGUACCUGCACGAUGUGACAAGGGUGCGCUUCUACAAGAGCUACAUCGGCCAGCUGAAGAGGGCCAUAGAUCAGGGCGCGAACGUGGCCGGCUACUUCGCGUGGUCUCUCCUUGACAACUUCGAGUGGCUGUCAGGGUACUCGUCCAAGUUUGGCAUCGUCUACGUGGACUUCAACACGCUUAAACGGCACCCGAAGGCUUCGGCCUACUGGUUCAGGGACAUGCUUAAGAAGAAUUGAAAUUUCUAGAGGCCAAGCCUGAAGUUACUUAACAUUUUGCUCAGCUUUGCCUUGUGUUUCGGAUGGCCCAAUGGUUCGAAUCCAGAUCAACGCUAGGCUAUCAAAAUGGGAACAAAUGAAGACGAACAGCCACUCCAAAUUGUGCAUCCCAUUUAUGGUCAGAACGUUGUAUGUUCCCUGUGGAGUUUGAGCUGUGGUUAUUUAUCUUGUUGAUUGAAAUAUUUAAAAUUCU